AUGAAGUCUCCAAGGAUGAGAGUCUGUGCUAGGUCAGUCUUGCUGUCUCACUGGCUCUUUCUGGCCUAUGCGUUAAUGGUGUGCUGUAAGCUGAUGUCCGCCUCCAGCCAGCACCUCCAGGAACACGCAGGUCACCACCAAAUCAAGCAAGGGACCUGUGAGGUGGUCGCAGUGCACAGGUGCUGUAACAAGAACCGCAUAGAGGAGCGAUCACAAACGGUCAAGUGUUCUUGCUUCCCAGGACAGGUUGCUGGCACAACUCGGGCUCAGCCUUCUUGUGUUGAAGCUUCCAUUGUGAUUCAGAAGUGGUGGUGUCACAUGAAUCCUUGUGUGGAAGGAGAGGAUUGCAAAGUGCUGCCGGAUCACUCAGGUUGGUCCUGUAGCAGUGGCAAUAAAGUCAAAACUACAAAGAGUAACUUCAUUUGUGGAGCUGUGACUGGCUUCAGUGAAGAGCUUGGUACUCACAGAAGCUGUACCUUAACAUCGACACUGGACCUCACACCCCAGGUGAGACAGCCGUCCUCUAAAUGUGGAACAAUUACCUCCCUCGAGGUGGGUAUUAACCAUAACGAAGUGGUUUCCAGUGUCCCUAACAGUUGA